AUGUUUGUGGCACGCAGCAUCGAUGCGGACCACAAGGAUUUCACCCACGAUGUGAAUUUAAACUUUCGCAGGUGGCAGAUGGCCACCUGCUCCAGCGACCAGAGUGUCAAGGUCUGGGACAAAACUGAAAGUGGGGAUUGCCAUUGCGUUGCUAGCUGGAAGACACAUAGUGGAUCGGUAUGGUGUGUGACAUGGGCCCAUCCUGAAUUUGGCCAGGUUUUGGCUUCCUGUUCUUUUGACCGAACAGCUGCUGUAUGGGAAGAAAUAAUAGGAGAAUCAAAUGAUAAACUGUGAGGAUACAACCACUGGGUAAAGAGGACAUUGCUAGUGGACAGUAGGAUAUCUGUUACCCAUGUGAAGUUUGCAUCUAAGCAUAUGGGUCUUAUGUUAGCCACUUGCUCUGCAGACAGUAUAGUAAGAAUAUAUGAGGUGCCAGAUGUCAUGAACCUCAACUAGUGGUCUCUGCAGCAUGAGGUUUCCUGCAAGCUAAGCUGCAGUUGCAUUUCUUGGAAUCCUUCAAGCUCUCACGCUCACCCUGCCAUGAUCGCAGUGGGCAGCGACAACAGUAGUUGUAAUGCAAUGGCCAAGGUGCACAUUUUCGAAUAUAAUGAGAACACCAGGAAAUAUGCCAAAGCCAAAACCCUCAUGACAGUCACAGAUCCUGUCCAUGACAUUGCUUUUGCUCCAAACUUGGGGAGGUCUUUCUACAUCCUAGGCAUAGCAAUCAAAGAUGUGAGAAUUUUUACACUAAAGCCUGUGAGAAAAGAACUUACUUCCUCCAGUGGGCCAACCAAAUUUGAAAUCCAGGAGGUGGUUCAGUUUGAUAAUCAUAAUUCCCAGGUCUGGCAAGUGAGCUGGAAUAUAACAGGGACAGUGCUGUCGUCUCAGAGACAUGGCUGUGUACAACUGUGGAAAGCUAACUAUAUGGACAACUGGAAGUGCACUGGGAUUCUGAAAGGUAACGGGAGCCCUGUCAGUGGGAGUUCUCAGCAGGGAAAUACAAAUCCUUCCCUAGGUUCAAAUAUCCCAAAUCUGCAGCGUUCACUAAAUGAAUCUUCUGCCGACAGAAAGCACAGCUGAGUACCAGCUAACUGGAGUAACUUUGCUGUUUUGCUGCUUGUUGCAUUC